GCUCGAGGAUUCCCAAGAUUUUCCCUGGCCGUGCAUUGAUCUCUCUCUUUUUCUCCCUCUUUUUUUUUUUCUUCCCUCCUCCUCCCCCCUCCCUCCCUCAUUUUUUUCCCCAGUGGACUUUGAUCCCAGGAGAAGAGCUCGUGCGGGAUAACUGAGCCAGGACCGAGCUUUGUGGGAUUUAUCGGAGCCCAAUUCCUUCAGCAGCAGCAGGAGCAGGAAAAAGACCGGCUCCGGGGAAGAGCUCAGCCCCGGUAGGACCGGCUGAGAGAAGCGCUCUGCCCCUCCGUCCCCCCGAGUCCCCUCGGUCCAGGACCGGAGGGGAUGGACAGAGCCCCCCGGUUCCUGCCGCGACCCCCUUUCCCCCCCCGGACUUUUGAUUGACCCCUCCUCCCGCCCUCUGCCCGGAUGGACGGAGAGUAAGUAAUUCCCCCCUCACCGUCCAUCCAGGGUGAACCACUGCUCGCUCCCCGCCUCUGGUGGCGACCAACAUCCCGGGUGGACCACUGCCCGCUCCCAGAGUUGGGAUUGGGCCCCUGCGACUUAGAAAAAGGCCUGGGUCAGGGGGUCGCGGGGUGGGCAGGGGAAAGGAGGGAGAGAAGACGAAGCUGGACGCUUUGGAGACACCAUGGGCGCAGAGGGCGGGAGCCAGGUCUGCCGGGCUCCGAAAUAAUCCCACCCGGGCACGAUGUCCACCAGCGGAUUGCCGAUGUUUGGGAAAUAGCUCUGCCAGGCGAGGCUGGCCCGGGAAUACCUGCUUUGAGAAACCAAGAAGUCUCUCCAUCCCAUCAUAUUGGCAAACAAAUACUCUUUGCCGUGCCAUAGCACAUGGAUUUCAGGACUACCUGUGAAGAGACAAAGACAGGGAUUUGUUUGCUGCAGGAUGGUAAUCAGGAGCCUUUCAAAGUGCGACUGCACCUAGCCAAAGACAUUUUGAUGAUUCAGGAACAGGAUGUGAUCUGUGUGUCUGGUGAGCCUUUCUAUUCUGGUGAAAGAACUGUCACAAUUAGAAGGCAGACUGUGGGAGGAUUUGGACUAAGUAUAAAGGGUGGAGCCGAACAUAACAUCCCAGUUGUUGUUUCUAAAAUUUCCAAAGAGCAAAGAGCGGAACUUUCAGGCCUGCUCUUCAUAGGAGAUGCAAUUCUGCAGAUUAAUGGAAUAAAUGUGAGAAAAUGCAGACAUGAAGAAGUGGUCCAGGUUCUUCGGAAUGCGGGAGAGGAAGUGACCCUGACUGUGUCAUUUUUGAAAAGAGCACCUGCUUUCCUCAAACUUCCGCUGAAUGAAGAUUGUGCAUGUGUUCCCAGUGAUCAAAGCAGUGGCACAUCUUCUCCCCUUUGUGACAGUGGCUUGCAUCUCAACUACCACCCAAAUAAUACGGAUACUCUGUCAUGUUCUUCCUGGCCUACAUCACCAGGACUGAGAUGGGAAAAGAGAUGGUGUGACCUUCGCUUAAUCCCUCUUCUUCAUUCACGUUUCUCCCAGUACCUUCCCGGAUCAGAUCUGUGUAGGCAGAAUGCUUUUCAAGUCAUUGCUGUGGAUGGGGUGUGCAGUGGAAUAAUUCAGUGUCUUUCGGCUGAAGAUUGUGUCGACUGGCUCCAAGCAAUAGCAACGAACAUUUCGAACCUCACAAAGCACAAUAUUAAAAAAAUCAACAGGAACUUUCCCGUAAACCAGCAGAUAGUCUACAUGGGCUGGACCGAGGAGCGAGAACAAGACUCCAUUCAGGACCGAAUGUACACACCAAAGUUUCUAGCCCUGAGGGGUUCCUCUCUUUAUAAGUUCAUUGCACCUCCAGUGACCACUUGGGACUGGACACGAGCAGAAAAGACAUUUUCGGUUUAUGAGAUUAUGUGCAAAAUUCUGAAGGACAGUGAUCUACUGGACCGUCGAAAACACUGCUUUGGUGUGCAAUCUGAAUCUGGAGAGGACCUCUAUUUUUCAGUGGAAUUGGAAUGUGACCUAACCCUAUGGGAAAAAGCCUUCCAAACAGCAACUUUCUUAGAAGUUGAACGGAUACAGUGUAAGACCUAUGCUUGUGUGUUGGAAAGUCAUCUUAUGGGACUUACCAUUGAUUUUGGCAUGGGAUUCGUCUGCUUUGAUGCUGCAACCAAGGCUGUACUUUGGAGGUACAAGUUUUCUCAGCUUAAAGGUUCUUCAGAUGACGGCAAGAGCAAAAUCAAAUUUUUGUUUCAGAAUCCAGAUACUAAGCAGAUUGAAGCAAAGGAGUUGGAGUUCUCCAAUCUGUUUGCUGUUCUCCAUUGUAUCCAUUCAUUCUUUGCUGCCAAAGUGGCCUGUUUGGACCCACUGUAUUUAGGCAGUCAGGCCACUACUUCUGCCUCUGCAAGUUCCACGUCUGCUGCUCCCGGCAAAGUGGUCAAGUAUACCACCUGAUGUCCCACGGACCAGCCCCUAAUCCGAGUGCACUGCGGUGGAACAGUAUUCUUUAGCCUCGGACCCUGGAAGAACCACAGACAAACCAAUCCAGAAAGGCACAUCAGAUCACCACUUCAACAGAAAGGUCCUAUGGGAGCAUAAAUUUUUCUCUAUUCCACAGCACGUCAGUCAGUAGCCUGAGCUGGAACCCACUAAUCCGAUGGAUGUGCUUUAUAGAAUGAUCUAUUUCUACCAAAAGCGGAGGCAAAAGAAUAAGUGAUUUCGUGAAGCACUUAAGUAUUCAAUCAGACUUUUACCUUCCCGUAGGAAAACUCAAAAUCGGAUGGUCAUUUUCUGGGUUCAGAUUAUUUUAUAUGACAAUACCCAAGGCAUUGGAUCUGAACUGACAUUCUACCACUGCAUUAUAAAUGACAUUAAAGCAAGCAAGAGACGGACGGAGCAGUAAGGAGACUAGCAUGAAAAGACAUUUGUAUAAAUAUCUCCUCCAAGAAGAAAGCACUUUAAUCAUUGAUGUAAAUUUUUACCCCUUCUCCAGAGUGUCCUCCUGGUAACCUGCUAUUGUUGUUUAUUUUGUUGUUAGUCAUGAUAAUAAUUGUACAGUGUAGCCAUACUGGCCUAGCACAGAGUCAUCUCUCAUCUUGGACCACCAAUAUUCAACUCUGCAGGCCCAGAACCUCAUAUGAAUUGAAAAUGCCAAGAAUGUGCUAUUUUAAUUGUGAAUGCCAUAAAUGAAUUGCCUCAG